AUGACUGAUGUCCACUACAACGAACAAGCUCUGCUCGACCAAUUGAUGUUAUGCACAGAAUAUGUCGAUAAGGCUGAACGGUAUGAGUUGCUGGGUCCACUAUACCGCCUUGUCAUCCCUAUAUAUGAACGCAGGAAAGAUUAUCAAGCUCUUCUAAUGUGUUAUCAGCAUCUCACUAAAGCUUAUGCUAAAGUAAUUGAAGUUACCAAUUCAGGAAAACGUCUCUUAGGAAGAUUUUACCGUGUAGCCUUUUUUGGAAAAGCCCACUUUGGCGAAGAUGAGGAAGGCAUAGAAUUUAUUUACAAAGAACCUAAGUUAACGUCGCUGAGCGAGAUCUCAGAAAAACUUCAGAACUUCUAUGAGCAAAAAUUUGGAGCCGGUUGCGUCAAAAUGAUAAUGGAUUCGGCGCCGGUAAAUCGGGACGAGUUAGACAGCAAACUUGCUUAUAUCCAAGUAACGUGGGUACGAGCAUCUCCUGAGGGCAUGGCUACUGUCCAUUCCGGAGGCGAAGGUGCCUUCGAAAGAGUCCACAAUGUUAGACGAUUCGUGUUUGAAACACCAUUUACUAGGGACGGGGCAGCCCGCGGUCCUGUACACCAUCAGAGAUUACGUCUGACACACCUUACAGCCGAUAGCUGGUUCCCGUAUGUGAAACGUCGUGUGCCAGUCGUCGACACUCAAGUUGAAGAGAAGAGCCCCAUAGAGGUCGCCGUUUCUGAAAUGGAAAGUCAAGUAGCUGAAUUGGCCGAGAUUGUUAACGCUAGAGCACCAGAUAUUAAGAAAUUACAACUUAGACUACAAGGCAGCAUUUGUGUACAAGUAAACGCCGGGCCGCUGGCCUACGCCAACGCGUUCCUGGACCCCACGCUCGCGCCCAUGUACCCGGACGACAUGGUGGACAAACUAAAGGCUAUAUUUAAGGAAUUCCUGACGAUUUGUCACGCGGCUCUACAAUUGAAUGCCAAAUUGAUCAGUUCUGAUCAAGUCACGUAUCAAGAGGCGUUAGAAUCUAACUAUUAUAAGUUAAGUGACUCUCUCUCUAAUGUAUUGGGCCAGCCUCUGCAGGACAUACUCGUCAACGGAAAUCUCAGUACAACAGUCACUGGCGUAGAGCUCGAAUCUAGCAAUGCU